AUGAUCACGACCACCAAGCCAGCGGAUGUGGAAAUUCUCAUCCUCGGCGCUGGUUGGACCUCGACUUUUCUCAUUCCUCUUCUCAAGAAACAAAACAUCUCGUUUGGUGCCACCUCAACGACCGGUCGAGAUGGUACUUUCAAGUUCAAGUUUGAGCACGAUGAAUGCGAUGAAGCCAAGAAACAGUAUCGAGACCUUCCAGCUGCGAAGACAGUCCUGAUUACUUUCCCAUUGAAAGGCAAGGGUGAGAGUUCACAUCUUGUGAAGUCAUAUUCACAGGCGCACGGUGGAGAAGAAUCGAAAUUUCAAUUCAUUCAACUUGGUAGCACAGGAAUUUUCACUAUUCCUGGUCAGGAUACUUGGGUCACGAGACACUCAAAGUACGAUACUUCAAAUGCACGGGCAAUUGCGGAAGAUGAAUUGAUCUCACUGGGAGGUUGUGUACUGAACCUAUCUGGUCUCUGGGGUGGUGCAAGACAACCGAAACAUUGGCUAGACCGAGUUGCCGACACCAAAGAAAAGCUUGCUAGCAAACAGUCACUUCAUAUGGUUCAUGGUCUUGAUGUCGCAAGAUCGAUUAUUGCAGUUCAUGAAAGGUUUGGGAAAGCCGCUGGACAGCGAUGGAUGCUUACCGAUCUUAUUGUUUACGACUGGUGGGCUUUGAUUCUUGGGUUUGCUGGAGAGUUGCAAGAAGAGGAUCCAACCAGUAAUCGCGAACACACGCAGAUCAAGUGGGUCGGCGAAGUGAUGGUCGAGCAGAAUGUCAAAGCCCUCCCGCGCUCUAUGGAACAACUUGGUAGAUGUUACGAUACACGAGAGUUCUGGACGACUUUUGAGCUCAUGCCCAUUCGCGCAAGAAUAUAG